AUGGGACUUUCCAAAAGCAAACCCAAAGAGAGGAAAGGUGAGGAGGAAAAGAAGGGACUUCCCUAUUCAUUUCCAAAACCUAAGGACAAGUUGAUGGAGGAGCGUUCCCCGAAGGCCGAGCAGGCAGACAGGGAGGCCAAGAAGCCUGCAGACAGUCUUCUCCUGGGGUUGGGGACAGUCAAGCAUGAGCGGCUUCCUGCUUCCUCCGAAGAGAAACCUGAUGUAAAACAAAAGUUGAGCAAGAAGAAAACUGUCACUCCUCAGGUCAUCAUCACUCGGGCCUCAAAUGAAUCUAUAAUCAGCUACAACUCCACUGGGAGCGAGGAGCAGAGAACCAUUCAGGAACAGGCUGAAUGGGGCAUCUACCACCGACACAGGAGCCCCAGUACAAUAGCAGCCUAUCUAUACAAUAAAGAAUAA